AUGGAUAGUCCAAGGUCCGAAAUGAUUCCAAACAACUCCCUGCGCCACCAUCUCGGGCAGAAAAGGUCGAUCAAGAUCAUCGAGGUCGACAAAGGCGGGUCAAAGCGAGCGAUACGACUCCUCCAAGCCUUCUUCAGCGCCAUUUCAGGGAUGCUAGCGGAUCGUGCCCUUCUCGAGGGACUCGGCGUGGGAGAUGCAAAUUCAUCCGCCACGUACGCGGUACUGCUCAACGUCAUCAAGGACGUCGCGUCUCGUUUCUGCACCAUUGGCUUCGCCCAGCGAUUUGGCCUGAGAAUCGAAUCCGAGUGCAAGAAGUACCGGUUCAUGGCCGACUUUUUCAACGACACCGCCUUCUUCCUCGUUCUCGCCAGCCCCCGCGUUAGCGGCGUGGGCAAGGCCUUCCUACUUGCUUCUGCGGAGGGGCUUCGCGCCAUGUGCGGCGUUGCUGGUAGCGCCAGCAAGGCUGCGCUCUCGAGCCACUUUGCCCUUCAGAACAACAUGGCAGAGUUGAACGCCAAGGAGGCGAGCCAAGAAACCGCCGUCGGGCUCAUAGGACUGCUCGCGGGCACCAUUGUCGUGAAGCUUGUCGAAGACCGCACCGCCGUCUUCUGCCUCAUGGUUGCCCUUGUUCUUGGCCAUCUUUACGUCAAUUGCCUUGGCGUGCGAUGCGUUUCCCUGCGUGUCCUCAACCGACAGCGAGCCUCACUAGUUUUCGCGCACUGGCUUCGGCGUGGGGAGGCUCUGACACCUGCGCAGGUUUCAGCCCAGGAAUCCAUUCUCAGCUGGUCCCCAUAUGUUUCCAAUAGCCGGGGCCAGUGGAAGGGCAUCGUACAUUUCGCCAAGGAUUAUAGCGACUUCAUGGAGAGCGGCCACGACUUCUUUAUAUACGAAGAAGAGUAUUGCAAAAUCAGCACUCGGCGGCUCCCCCAUCAAGAUACCUUGCACGCCAAGAUCCUCAUCAAUGUGGGUGCCCAACCUGUGGAGGUGAUUAGGGCCUGGUUCAUGGCCAUGGAGAUUAUCUGGGGCGACAAAGGCGAAGACGGAAAAGAAGCCUGGGAAUCACAAACGAGGGCGAACCAGCUGUUCUUAUAUAAGGAUGGCGCAUUGAUAACCCACCUACAGGACGCUGGGUGGGAUCUGGAUACCUCGGCCAUGGAACCAGGCAAUGCCCUCCGCGUCCAGAUUUGCUACCCCGUGGAAGAAGACGGCAAAAAGAAAAGUAAUUUCCAGUCCUUUUGGGAGGGAGUGGGGGAGCAGGGUGGAAGGUGUCCAAGUUUUUGGGAAGAAUCUUUCUCAGCCUUGUACUACGACAGCAGGUGUAUGUGA